CCCGUGCGCGAAAUCUUGGCCUCGCUACGAUUGAUGCAACCCCACCCCAGACUCGAAUUUCCUUCAUACCCCCACCGACCGGCCAUCCGAAGCACCUCACGUCUCUCUCUCCCCGACGACGACCUCCCUCACUCUCACCUCGAGCAUCGUGAGGCUGUAGCCCUGUAUAAGCCCGCCAUCAUGACCAACAACGACGCCUACCUCCACUUGGCCCGCCCAUUGGGCCCUGCGCUCGGCCAGCCCUCCACUGCUCCUCUCAACGUGAUCGUCCAACCCCAAGCUCUCUUCGCCAUUAUCGACCAUUCUUUGCGCCGUCCGGCCGACCAGGAACGUGUUAUUGGCACUCUUCUCGGUACCCGAAGCGAGGAUGGCACCGAGGUUGAGAUCCGCAACUGCUAUGCUGUCCCGCACACAGAGAACGCCGAGCAGGUCGAGGUGGAUAUGGACUACCAGAAGCAGAUGCUCGCUCUGCACCUGCGCGCCAACCCCAAGGAGGUUCUUAUCGGCUGGUACGCCACCAGCAGCGAGCUCAACACCUUCUCCGCCUUGAUCCAGAACUUCUACGGUCAGCAGGGCGACGGCACUUUUCCCCACCCGGCCGUCCAUCUCACUGUUUCCACCGAGCCCGGCAAGGAGCCCGAGUCGCGCACCUACAUUUCUGCCCCCAUUGGCGUCACCGCCGAGCGCGCCGCCGACUCGUGCUCCUUCAUCCCCGUGCCCCACGAGCUCAAGUACGGCGAGGGCGAGAAGUCUGCUCUCGAGCUCAUUUCAUCGGCCAAGGACCGCGAGGACCGCACCCAGACCACCUUCUCCGACCUCGAAGCACUAGAAAAUGCCGUUAAGCACGUCCUUGAUAUGCUCGAGCGCGUCUCCAACUACGUUAAUAACGUGUUGGACGAGGAAGCUGAGCCGUCAUCCGCAUUGGGCCAAUUUCUCCUCAACGCCCUCAGCCUGGCACCCAAGGUCGAUGCCGAAGAUAUCGAGCGCGACUUCAACGCACACAUCCAAGACGUCCUCGUCGUCUCCUACCUCGCCAACACAAUCCGCACCCAAAUCGACCUCUCCAACCGUCUCGCGACCGCGGCUCUGACUCUCGGCACCGGCGAUGCGCUCUCAGGCGAAGGCGGCAGCGGUGGAGGCAACAACAACCGCGAGGGUGGCGAUAACAGACAAAAGGGCGGUCGUGGAGGCAAAGGCAGACAGAAUAACAACCGGUCUCAACAAGCCCAACAAUCGCAGGAGGCGUGA